AUUGGGGACAACAGAGCAGGAUGUGGCCACUUUAUCCCUCACAGCUAAAGUUUUCAGCCCCUGAGUCUUAGCUUUGCCUCGGGACACGUUAGCUUUUCUGCUGAGAGCCAAAUGUGAAGACUGUCCUAAGAAACCUGGAGCCGAGUCAGCUCGCCAGAGCUCUGCGGACAGGGCCAGAGCCUUGCUGAAGGAAAGAGAGAGGGGGAAAACAAGUUUAAAAAUCCUCCAUGAAGUGUACUAUGCUCUGCCAUUUAUUCCCAAAGCUACUGGAAGCAUUCCUCUCAGGAAAGGUGGGCUUGGUGACGAGAAGCCGGACGUGAGAAGACUCCUGGGAGGACCGAUUAAUCCACUUUCUGAAUUUCCUCUGUGGGGACAGUCUCAGAGCCCUGCAAGGCAUUGGGGCGCCCUGAAGAUGAGUGCUAACAGCAGCACCAUGAGCCAGCUAAUCUGGCAGGGCCCCGUGUGCGUUGGCUGGAAGCGGGAUCUGGAAGGCGCGGUCUACCAUCUGGCCAACUGCUUCUUGCUCCUGGGCUUCAUGGGGGGCAGCGGGGUGUAUGGAUGCUUCUACCUCUUCGGCUUCCUGGGCACGGGCUACGUGUGCUGCGUGAUGUGGGGUUGGUUGGAUGCUUGUGGCCUGGACCUCAUCCUCUGGAGCUUCCUGCUGGCAACGGCCUGCCUGCUCCAGCUGGCAUACCUGAUACACCGGCUGCGCAGGCGCGCCCUCCCCGAGGAGUUCGACGUCCUCUACAAGACGCUGUAUCUACCCCUGCAGGUGCCUCUGCAGGUGUACAAGGAGAUUGUUCAGUGCUGUGAGGAGCAGGUCUUGACGCUGGCCACUGAGCAGACUUACGCUGUGGAGGGCGAGACCCCCAUCAACCGCCUGUCCCUGCUCCUCUCCGGCCGGGUUCGUGUGAGCCAGGAUGGGCAGUUUCUUCACUACAUCUUCCCCUACCAGUUCAUGGACUCUCCAGAGUGGGAAUCUCUGCAGCCGUCUGAGGAGGGUGUGUUCCAGGUCACUCUGACUGCCGAGACCCCAUGUAGCUACAUUUCCUGGCCCAGGAAAAGUCUCCACCUUCUUUUGACCAAAGAGCGAUACAUUUCCCAACUCUUCUCAGCCCUGCUGGGCUAUGACAUCUCAGAGAAGCUCUACGCUCUCAAUGACAAGCUCUUUGCCAAGUUUGGGCUGCGCUUCGACAUCCGUCUCCCCAGCCUCUACCAUGUCCUGGGUCCCGCAGCCUCGGAUACAGGGCCUGAGUCCGAGAAGGAUGACGAGGAAGCCCGUGAACCAGCCUUGCCCACAUCUGCCCAGCAAACACCCCCUUGCUCUCCUCUUCCAAUGGCCACCAGCCCUCCUGCACCUCCUUCCCGGGCCAGGUUGUCCCGGCCCGACAGCGGCAUCCUGGGUGAGGACUCCACCAGUCUGGUGCUGGAGGAUUUUGAGGAGGUGUCGGGAUCAGAAUCGUUCAUGGAUUAUAGGAGUGAUGGGGAGUACAUGAGGUGA